AAACAAAAACAAAAAAAGCCGCUAAUUGUGUAAAAGUUCACUAACUGCAACUCAUCACCUCCAAAUUUCUUUACUUUUCAAGCUGGAAACAAAAAAGAAGGAACAAAGUCACUUUUAAAAGUUUUGCACUCACACCCACUUGAGAAAAAAAGAUUCUUGAUCCCUUUUGCCCUGAAAAUACCAGUUUGAACAAAAAAAUUUUUUGCUGUUGUAAAGCAUGCCAAAUUGGGAGCUGAAGCAUUGUUGCAAGCAUGAACAAAUCGUUUUUCUCGCAACUCUUGGCGUUUGUGCUGUUGUCAUUCUUGCUCUCUGGAGAACAGUGCUGCUACUACCUUUCAAGCUCGUUACCGUGUUUAUUCAUGAAGCUAGUCAUGCUAUAGCUUGCAAACUUACUUGCGGACAUGUUGAGGGAAUACAGGUUCAUGCUAAUGAGGGUGGCACCACACAAACGCGUGGAGGUGUAUAUUGGUUCAUCUUGCCAGCUGGAUAUCUUGGUUCAGCAUUUUGGGGAAUGGUUUUAGUGCUUGCGUCCACCAAGCUCCUUUCAGCAAGAAUUGCAGCAGGCUGUUUAGUGGUCACUCUAAUUGUUGUUCUUUUUGUGGCUAAAAAUUGGACACUCCGGGGCCUUUGUAUAGGAUUUGUUCUCUUCCUUGCUGUUGUAUGGGUUCUGCAAGAAACAACAAAGAUUAAAAUUCUGCGGUACAUCAUUUUGUUCAUUGGUGUAAUGAACAGCUUAUUUUCUGUAUAUGAUAUAUACGAUGAUCUGAUAUCACGAAGAGUUAACUCGAGUGAUGCUGAGAAGUUUGCUGAAGUGUGUCCCUGUCCUUGUACUGGUGUUGGCUGGGGAGUCAUCUGGGGACUCAUUUCUUUCUUGUUUCUCUGUGGAGCCACAUAUCUUGGUUUGGUGAUCUUGUCCUGAGAGUUGCAGGCUGAGGAGCUGGAUACUUGACACAACUCAAGGGACUUCCAUUCAUACACGUUCAAGAGCAUUCGUUUACCCCUUACGUUGGUUGGCUUCUUACUAUUUAUGGGACUGUAUUUGCCAAAUCAUUUUUACAAGCUGGAUUACUGCAGCAUAACUUACAAUACAAACAUGAUUGGGUGCGGCAAGAGGAGAAUCAGAGUACUAUAGUGAUACAAUUAUAACAUUGU